AUUACUACUCAGUAUCUGAAUAAGCAGCUGAGCAGCAGAGGUUCAGAUUACUCCUCUCGCUUCACUGAGACCUUUUCCAUGCUACAAAAAAAGCUGGUGCUUAGUUGGUAAAAGUUGUACUAACCUAGGCGUUAUUAGUAUAUUAUUAGGCAGGGUUAGUGCUCCGUCUAAGUGUGUUCUCCUUACAGGAGCUGUUGAUUCUUAGGGUUUGGGGAAGAUAAAGAAUUACAGAACUGUUGAGGUUGGCAGGGACGCCUGCAGGGCCACCCCAAGCCGGUGUCCCAGGGCCAUGUCCAGGUAGCUUUCAAGUAUCUCCAAGGAGAGAGGCCCCACAGCCUCCCUGGGCAGCCGGUGCCAGUGCUCAAUCACCCUCGUGGCAGAGGAGUGUUUCCUUAUGCUCGGACAGCACCUCCUGCAUUUCAGUGUGUGCCCACGGCCUCUGGUCCUGUCACUGCGCACCACUGAGAAGAGCCUGGCUCUGUCGUCUUUGUACCCACCCUUCAGCUGUACAUGGUAACUCUGUCACUUUCUGGCCAUUCCAAUAAUGAAAACAGAAGCUAAGGAUGGAGAAGAGGAAAGCCUGCAGACAGCAUUCAAAAAGCUAAGAGUUGACACAGCUGGGUCUACUGCUUCUCUCUCUGUGGGUGAAGGGACAGGUCCAAGAGCACUAGUUAGAGCAGUGGCAGAUGAAAACAAACCGAAGAAUGCGGGUACUUCUAAGGAAACCUGGCAUGGGUCUAUGAAGAAGCCUUCAAGAGGAGUUGUGAGAACCCAGCGUCGCAGGCGUUCCAAGUCUCCAAUUCUUCAUCCUCCAAGGUUUAUCCAUUGCAGCACAAAAUCACAUUCCACGUGCAACCCGCUAGUCCACAAGAGCCAGGCUGAUGCCCAGGAUGAGAGCAGUGGGUUUGGGAUGCCGGUCCCAAAGGAAGCUUGUGCACACGAACGAUGCAGUAUUGCUCCUGAUAUUGGCCAGAAGGGAGCUGAUGCUGAGUCUUUGGGAGCUUCUGUUACACAGUUGGUGUCAGAGAACAGACAGGAGAACUCUCCAGCUGCUGUUUCCGUAGCAUCCAAAGCAAGCCUAAAGACCACGGAGCUUUCUGACUUUCAGUCUGUGUCCAAGCUGAACAUGAAUAAGCCGUGUGCAUGUGCAGAUAAAGCCUGUCAGUGUAAACGGUGGCAAGAUAUGGAAGUGUACAAAUUCUCUGGCUUGCAGAACACUCUCCCAUUGGCACCUGAUAGAAGAACAGUUUCUGAGGAUCACUCCCAGGUGUUGCCAUCAAGAACUCCCUCAAGUUCUCCACGCUCUUGCUCUGAGCAAGCCAGGGCCUUUGUGGAUGAUGUGACUAUUGAAGAUCUUUCAGGAUACGUGGAAUAUUACUUGUAUAUUCCAAAGAAGAUGUCUCACAUGGCAGAAAUGAUGUACACCUGACACCAAUGAGCACUAAAAACAGAAGGGUGGGUGAUUUAAGUCUGCCUUCAGUCACACUCAUGUGAGAUGCAACCCAACCUCUGCUCACUGUGCUUGCAAUAAAAACACUUCUUUGCAUCUUA